AUGACCAGUGACACUGUCACCCCACCACCCAGUGAUGGGUUUAUGACCGUGUUAAGUAAAAAUCAGAGAAGGAAACUAAAGCGUGGUGAACAACAGGGUGGACGACGUCCACUAGCACCAAAGACAGAGUACACGCGCCUGGCCUUCCCUACAGGCACGAGUGUUGCUGACAAGAUUGUUUGGAGCAAGGCACUGAGCAAGGCGUACGAACCUGGCUCUGUAGACCUCCUACGACCACAUGUCAACUCCUCAUAUGUGUACGUUUCAAGACAGAAUAAGCAAGUUGUGGGUGCUCUUCAGCAAGGAACAAUAGGUGGUAUAAAGUUCUCUCUUCAAGAUAACCCAUCGCGAAACAAGAAGAUGGAUGAAUACCUAGUCUACAGAUACCAUCACGAGUAUCCACUAGAGUGGGUCUAUGAAUUAGACGGGGUUCACAAAGCCAGAAGAUUGACCAAAAAUGGUAAACCCACCAAUCAAAUAGUCAUAGUCUGGAAGAAGCCUGAUCCGCCACCUAAAAAUGAUGCCCAGAUAAGGGCUAACAGCCCUACCCUAAUCGGCACUCAUCCCGGCCAAGCAGCCAUCCCGGCCAAGCAGCCAUCCCGGCCAAGCAGCCAUCCCGGCCAAGCUGCCAUCCCGGCCAAGCAGCCAUCCCGGCCAAGCAGCCAUCCCGGCCAAGCAGCCAUCCCGGCCAAGCAGCCAUCCCGGCCAAGCAGCCAUCCCGGCCAAGCAGCCAUCCCGGCCAAGCUGCCAUCCCGGCCAAGCAGCCAUCCCGGCCAAGCUGCCAUCCCGGCCAAGCAGCCAUCCCGGCCAAGCAGCCAUCCCGGCCAAGCAGCCAUCCCGGCCAAGCAGCCAUCCCGGCCAAGCAGCCAUCCCGGCCAAGCUGCCAUCCCGGCCAAGCAGCCAUCCCGGCCAAGCAGCCAUCCCGGCCAAGCAGCCAUCCCGGCCAAGCAGCCAUCCCGGCCAAGCAGCCAUCCCGGCCAAGCAGCCAUCCCGGCCAAGCAGCCAUCCCGGCCAAGCUGCCAUCCCGGCCAAGCAGCCAUCCCGGCCAAGCAGCCAUCCCGGCCAAGCAGCCAUCCCGGCCAAGCAGCCAUCCCGGCCAAGCAGCCAUCCCGGCCAAGCUGCCAUCCCGGCCAAGCAGCCAUCCCGGCCAAGCUGCCAUCCCGGCCAAGCAGCCAUCCCGGCCAAGCAGCCAUCCCGGCCAAGCAGCCAUCCCGGCCAAGCAGCCAUCCCAGCCAAGCAGCCAUCCCGGCCGAGCAGCCAUCCUGGCCAAGCAGCCAUCCCGGCCAAGCAGCCAUCCCGGCCAAGCUGCCAUCCCGGCCAAGCUGCCAUCCCGGCCAAGCAGCCAUCCCGGCCAAGCUGCCAUCCCGGCCAAGCAGCCAUCCCGGCCAAGCAGCCAUCCCGGCCAAGCUGCCAUCCCGGCCAAGCAGCCAUCCCGGCCAAGCAGCCAUCCCGGCCAAGCUGCCAUCCCGGCCAAGCAGCCAUCCCGGCCAAGCUGCCAUCCCGGCCAAGCAGCCAUCCCGGCCAAGCAGCCAUCCCGGAAAAGCAGCCAUCCCAGCCAAGCAGCCAUCCCGGCCGAGCAGCCAUCCCGGCCAAGCAGCCAUCCCGGCCAAGCAGCCAUCCCGGCCAAGCAGCCAUCCCAGCCAAGCAGCCAUCCCGGCCGAGCAGCCAUCCUGGCCAAGCAGCCAUCCCGGCCAAGCAGCCAUCCCGGCCAAGCUGCCAUCCCGGCCAAGCAGCCAUCCUGGCCAAGCAGCCAUCCCGGCCAAGCUGCCAUCCCGGCCAAGCUGCCAUCCCGGCCAAGCAGCCAUCCCGGCCAAGCAGCCAUCCCGGCCAAGCAGCCAUCCCGGCCGAGCAGCCAUCCCGGCCAAGCAGCCAUCCCGGCCAAGCAGCCAUCCCGGCCAAGCAGCCAUCCCGGCCAAGCAGCCAUCCCGGCCAAGCAGCCAUCCCGGCCGAGCAGCCAUCCCGGCCAAGCAGCCAUCCCGGCCAAGCAGCCAUCCCGGCCAAGCAGCCAUCCCGGCCAAGCUGCCAUCCCGGCCAAGCAGCCAUCCCGGCCAAGCUGCCAUCCCGGCCAAGCAGCCAUCCCGGCCAAGCAGCCAUCCCGGCCAAGCAGCCAUCCCGGCCAAGCACCCUGAACACCGGGGAUGUCUCCCGGGGCUAAGGUGA